CUUACACUACGCGACUGGUCAAAGCCAUUCAAUUGCAACGGCAUGACGACCAAGAUUUGGCACAUGUCCACCUCAAACUCGCUCCAAUGAUUUCUAGAGCAGCUAAUCCUCGAAACAUUUGUAUACAAUGUCAAUUGAGAUUUCCUAACAAAUUUCGCCGACCAUGGACCGUUCGUCCAUCCGAAGCUGCUCCCAUACUCCCCUUUUCACGCCCUUUCUCUCGACACUACAGCUCUCCACCUGCAUGGGAACGACUGCAUGAGGCUGGUGCCUCCCACGAAGCCGUCAGAGAAGCCUCACGAGACAACAAGAAUGAAGACGUAGCAGCUUUUGACCAUGCCUCGCACAAGGAGACCCACGACGAGCCGAGUCCUACAGAUGCUUCGUCAAAUCCGGAGGGAGGUUUGCCGGAGGCUUCUCAUUCUCGGAGCAGACCAUCAGACAAGAAGAACAAGAGGAAAACGUCCAAUGAUAAUAAAAGCAAGGUCCAUCGGGGGCGUGUGGGCUUGCGUCGCGUCACUCUUAGCCCUGAAGAGCUGGGAGUUGAGAUGCUGGGAGAAAAGGCACAUACCAUCAUAAUGCGUGACGACCAGAGGCCAGACCGUUCGCGGCUCGUCGAAGAGAUUCCGCUGCCUGAAGACGGCACUUCCCCCGACUUGGCCGCCGAACUAAAAGAGUCGAUUGAAGCCUCUCGAGAUACGGCUUCCCUGGAAGAGGCAUACCAGAACAUCGAGGAGCUCCGCCCCGAGAACUCCCUACUCCCCAGAAAUGAGUUUGGGGCUCUCCUCGAAACACUCGCCGGAGGGUUUACCAAGUCUCAACUCACCUACUACCUCUCGACGAAAACGAAGGCUCGGUCUUCAUCUUCAUCCAAGACACCAGGUUCUGCACUCGCUUCAAGGGAAACACGGUCCUGGAUGGCUCGGCCUGUCGUCUUCCGCCCCCUGGAAGAGAUCGAGUUGCCAUCCAAACCGGGAAAGGACCGGGUGGCCUACUCUCUCAUGUCACGAGCCUGGGGUCUUGAUGUUUGGGAAAGAGUGGAAGGCCUGAACGAGAUUGUCGUUUCUUUCACCGACUCGGCUUGGGCAUAUCUCCAAGCGAGGCAUCGGGAUGGGGACUUGAUCGCAGAUAUUGGCCAAGGCUUUAUUCAACCGGGAGAGUCGGUGACAGGCAGUCCUGCAACAAAAGAGCUCCGCAUCAUGGCUAGAAAACCCGCUGGCCAGGCCAUCCUCGACCAUAUCGAAGACUUCCUCGAAAGUGCCGCAGAGGAGAAUUUGACACUCUUUCCCCGUCAAACUAAGUUGCCCGUUGCGAACAUUACCGAGAGCUUCAUCAGGAAGCUGGGCUCCCUUACCCAGACAGCACUCUCCCUCGACAGUUCUGGGAUCCUUCGAGUCUUAUCGUGGAAUACGACUGGCGACCGUAACGUAGCCGACGAUCAAAACGCAUGGGAAAGCAAAGCGCAUGUCAUCUGGCGCUUGUUAUACACUGCCUUUCUCAGCGUCCCGUCCACUGCCGUCGUUGAUCCCAGCUUCGUUCCGAGGCGUACCAGGACAUUCGCUUCCCAGAGGCGGGCGAGUAGCAAGAACAAAGAUCCUCUUCAGGUCCGGUUGGCUCCCGCCGUCGGUGACCAAGAACGGUGGACCUGGCGUCAUAGGCUACAGAGCUGGUCGCGUUGGAUCCUGCCUCUGGGUCGUGACACGGCUGAUCCGAAGCCACGAUACCGCUAUCGAUUCGGCCGUAGACGGGAUCUGGUCAAAGGCACCCCUCAGGCUCCUUUGUCAGUCAUCCGUGCUGCCCCAACGAUGCUUUUCCUCCCCAGCAACAAGGAGGCAGACGUGAUCGAUGACGAUACAGAUGAUACAUUGUCAUCCUGGAGCCCACCCGAGGAGACGACGUCCGUCACCUUCGGACACCUCUUGUUCCCCCAUGGACAGGGUGUCUUUCCUCUUGCUAGGGCACUAUCGCUUUCACCCUCGCAAGGUGUUCUGACGUCCAGCGAGACAGACAGCCGGGCUCCAACCCGCAUGUUCUCGCCCAUUGUUCCUCCUCCUACUGGCUUAGCCUCACUUGAUUCCCUAGCAACAACCGACGUCCCUGCGACCACGACGCUUGUCCUUCGCUUUGCCGUCGGAGUUGACCGAGACAAGCCCUUCUUAGAGAUCGCCAAGGACUCGGUCCGCUUGCGACCUUCUUCAGUGCCUAGCUACCUCCUAGAAGUGCACCUCGCUGUACCAGAUCAACUCCCUCUCGAUGGCCGUCUCACCUGGGAAAAUAGCCCCGAGAAACACGUCCACGUCAUCCUCAGCCGGGAACAACACGAUGUGACCCUCCCCGACCGCCCCGUUGAUCUUCGCGUCUACCGCUCUAGCAUAUCCAGGCUUCCCAACCCAGACAGCAUCCCCGCCAUUCGCCGCUUCGUCGACGCCUCCCUCUUCGACCUUGACCAAGGGAUGCUGCGCACUCCAGCUUUUAUGCACAUCCCCGCCGAUGAGCUCGCUGGACUGCCCAUGAUGAGCAACAGCCUGUCGUCAGCUCCAGAGCGAGGUGAACCAGCCGCCGGGAAACGGCAGCGAAGCCAAAACGCCCAGACAAGUGAGGAUCCUUCCGGCCCAGUGGACGAGACAUUCGCGUUCAUAGGCCUCGAAGUUCGGCGCUCCGUGACGCUGCACUACGAGGGACACCAGCUCAGGUACACGAACAUCGAGGCCGGGCUCCACGGCGGCCGGCGAACGGAGCUCUCGCUCCACAUGCUGCCACCGGCCGAGGGGAAGAAGCCGGGGACGCUUUAUCAGAGACGAUACAUUGAUCUCGCCACACGUUUAGCCGGCGACCAGCUCUUCCUGUGGCUGGGUGAGAAGCCGAGACAUGUCCAUGGUGCGUAAGGCGAGAACGGUUCACGGGCAGGGGAUACAAGACCCAGGAGAGUGAGGCAGAUCUAGUAAGCGAGAGAGCUCCAUCAGAA